AUGGUAUUAGAAUCUAACGCACAGUGGAUAGAUACUGUAGUUAAUCAUUUGGACGAAUUCUACAAACGAGUCGAUGACAAAAUACAAAAAGAACAGCAAGAGUUAAAGGCAUCUAAAAAGAAAACCGAAUUAGAAACCAAAUUGGCACAGGAAAUGAAGUUACAUAAUGAGCUGACUGAACGGUUAGCAGAGCUCUCACGGCGUGGUACGGAGUUGGACAGGGUCUGUGCUUCCAUGGGACGUGUGACUAUAGCUGACAACGACAAAAGUCGACUGGACAAUGCCAAAGAAAACUAUCAACUGGCUAAGGAGUUAACCGGCAUAAGAUUGAAUUUUAGCGCUCCAACGGACAUCGCCAAGGGUUAUAUAAGGAGCGAGUCUCGCAAGCUUCUCCAGCCGUUUGAGAUCGACAUGUCAGCUGGAGGCGACAGCGAAGACCUAUGGGCUGUCAUUCAGUCCACCGCAGCCCCCGGCUGGAACUUCCUCAAUGACAAAGAAAAUCGACCCAACAAUUAG